GAAAAAAAGAUCUUGAGACAAAUCAAAACUUCUGUCUUACAAGGCUUAAGGGAUACAAUUUACUGUUGAGCACUGUGUGACUCUGAAUUGCAGGAAGCAGUGAAGGUAUAUAAACCUGGCACUGUCUGUCUCACUUCCACAAUUUUCUGAAAGCAAUAAUAAUAAGAAUAAACCUUCAGGUUUAUUCAGAACUAGAGAAAUGAUUGCCUUCAUCUUGCUAAGUCUUGCUACAGCGCUUCAGCAGUCUUUUGGAAAUGUUGAUUUUAAUUCCGAGUCAACCAGGAGACAAGAAAAACAAAAGGAGAUUGUUGACUUGCACAAUUCUUUAAGGAGAUCUGUGAGUCCAACUGCUACCAACAUGCUAAAAAUGGAAUGGUAUCCUGAAGCUGCUUCAAGUGCAGAACGUUGGGCCAAUAACUGUAGUCUUCAUCACAGUCCAAACUCUUCAAGAGUUCUUGAAGGAAUACAAUGUGGUGAAAAUCUAUACAAGUCAAGUCACCCUCAUGCAUGGAGUAGAGCAAUUCAGUCUUUGUAUGAUGAAUACAAAUAUUUAACCUAUGACAUUGGAGCAAACCCACCAGGUUCCCUUAUUGGCCCUUAUACUCAGAUAGUUUGGUACAACAGUUACCGUAUUGGUUGUGCUGUUAACUAUUGUCCUUCAUCUGCAUACAACUACUUCUAUGUUUGUCAGUACUGCCCAUUAGGGAACAUCAAAGGUUCAAUUGCUACUCCAUAUAAAUCAGGACCACCUUGUGCGGACUGUCCUUUGGCUUGUGACAACGGACUAUGCACAAAUCCUUGCAAAUAUGUAGAUAGCUUCUGGAACUGCGAAUCUCUUGUGAACAGAACUGGAUGCCAUAUUGGAUUGAUCAGGACACAUUGUCCUGCUACUUGCUUCUGCCAGAAUAAAAUAAUAUAGCCGAUCUCUCAUUCAAUAUUUGUUAUCUCUGCCAGAAAAAUCUAAAUUCCUAUUAAAAUCACAGCAUCUUUUAGUAUCAGCAAAUUCUUAUGUGACAUUUGAUUUCAUAUACCUUGCAUGAGGGUCUUAUGAAUGCCUAAGGGAAACGUAAGCAGGAGUACAGGUGAGGGAUGAAAACUGUAAGUUCAAAGGGCCAUAGGAACAAUCACAGGCCUGCGUAACAUCCAAAAAAUGCCACACUGUAAGCUCGAUUAAAAGCAAACACUGAAGGCCUGAAAAUAAGAUCAUCAAAAUUCUUUGUAAUCCAACUAUACCACAAGCAUUUCUUAAAUGCUUUUACUAAAUCUAAUCUAGAA